CCUCCAAUUGUCCGAGCCUCACGUCACGGAAAGAGUUGCAACGCGUUGAGGAAUAGACUCAAGGAACAGACCGAGAAGCGGACCGUAAUGAUUGCUGACAAUCUCUAAAGGCGAAGUUUUGGCUUCCUGCUCCACAACUUUAUGGGGCUCGACUGAAGAUGCGCAGGAACCUGUUUACAAGGAAAUCGCAGCAAGUUUCAGUCUGAGGAAAUGCGGUGCGGGCUGAAAAUGCACUAGGAUACCAUUACUCAUCCGUCUGUUUUUGUCCGCGUCGGACCACUUUAUCCUGGAAAUAUGUUCGCGUCGGAAGGCUUUUAGGCUCCUGGGUGAAGCUUAAGAGUGAUAAUUGAACAUCACGUUCAAAAAGUGCAGUUAUAAGAGGAUUCUACUGAUCGUCAGAGGUAUCAGGAGGACUUGGAUGAAAAUAGUUCUGGUUUGAGCCAUAUUGUUUUUGUUAUGUUGACGCAGACAGAUAUUACUUACAUAUUGUGGAGUUAUAACUAAGAAGUUGGCUACAAAGCAGUAACAGCAGUGUCUUAAACGGGCUGAUGAUGUCCAAUCAGGUGUGAUUUAGACUUUUUGAAAUAGAUGUAUUUUUUGAGGCUUGGGCUUUGGGCAUUAUAUUCACAUAAGUCAUACUCUGUAGUAUUACAAUAAUGUCCAAUGUUUCCAUGCAGUAUAAUGUAGACUGUGCCAAUCAAGGCACUAUGUGCAUGUAGAAGUUGAUGGUUUGGGACCCACUUGUGUUUCAUCAUGUCACUAAAAGGCGUUGCCAUUUACACUUUUCUAAGUGAAAACAAAGAGGAGAUCAGCAUCAAGGAGAAUGAGGAAGUGGUUAUCUUCGAGGAGAACUCAAUGGAUGGUUGGGUCCUGGGGGAAAACAGCCGAGGGGAGAGAGGUCUCUUCCCUAAAUCUUAUGUAGAGAUCAUUCGCACUCGCUCAGACUCCAAUGUGACUGACUGCUCCAUCAGUCCGGCAGGCUCUUUAGGAAACGACUCCCCCUAUCUACCAUCUACGCCAAACACCUCCCUUAAUUCGGGGAAGAUAUACGAUGAAGACUAUUACGAUGACUGGGAUGACUGGGACGACCGAUCCACAGUGGUGGAUGAUGCUGAUCACACUAGCAGUACUGGAGCUAAUGGGCAUAUCUUUCAGGUCCCACCAUCUAGUAAUCCCAAUGUGCAUUACAGGAGCAAGUCAGCAUCCGGACAAGACAACAUGGCCAGCUCCAGGAAGGGCAGUAUGGUGGGCAGAAACUUGAACAGAUUUUCCAGCUUUGUCCGCUCAGGGGUGGAGGCGUUUGUGCUCGGUGAUGUCCCCAUGAUGGCAAAGAUUGCUGAGUCGUAUACUAUUGAGAUGGGUCCACUGGGACCUCAAUGGAAGGCAAACCCACGGCCAUUCAUCUGCUCUAUUGAAGACCCAACCAAACAGACAAAGUUCAAGGGUAUCAAGACCUACAUAUCCUACCGUGUGACACCAAGCCACACUGGCCGACCAGUCUACAGACGCUACAAACACUUUGACUGGUUGUACAACCGUUUGUUGCACAAGUUUACUGUGAUCUCUGUGCCUCACCUUCCUGAGAAGCAGGCCACUGGCCGGUUCGAAGAAGACUUCAUCGAGAAGCGUAAGAGGCGACUGAUACUGUGGAUGAACCACAUGACCAGUCACCCGGUCCUCUCCCAGUACGAAGGCUUUGAGCACUUUCUGAUGUGCGCCGAUGAUAAGCAGUGGAAACUGGGUAAGAGACGGGCAGAGAAGGACGAGAUGGUGGGGGCCCAUUUUAUGCUGACUGUUCAAAUCCCCAAUGAGCACCAGGACCUUCAGGACGUUGAGGAGAGGGUCGACAACUUCAAGAGCUUUGCCAAGAAAAUGGAUGACAGUGUGAUGCAGCUCACACACGUUGCCUCGGAGUUGGUGCGUAAACACCUGGGUGGGUUCAGGAAAGAGUUCCAGCGGCUUGGGAAUGCUUUCCAGUCUAUUAGCCAGGCCUUCACUCUGGACCCACCCUACAAGUCAGAUGCCCUCAAUAGCGCCAUCUCCCACACUGGCCGCACCUACGAAAACAUUGGAGAGAUGUUUGCCGAGCAACCUAAGUAUGACCUCUUCCAGAUGUUGGAUAAGCUCUCGCUCUAUCAAGGCCUUCUUGCAAACUUCCCUGACAUCAUUCAUCUACAGAAAGGUGCUUUUGCCAAAGUGAAGGAGAGCCAGCGGAUGAGUGACGAAGGGAAGAUGGACCAAGAUGAAGCAGAUGGCAUUAGGAAGCGCUGCCGGACUGUGGGGUUUGCCCUCCAAGCAGAAAUGAGCCACUUCCAUCAGCAGCGAGAGGUGGACUUCAAAGACAUGAUGCAAGCCUACCUCAGGGAGCAGAUAGCAUUUUACCAGCGUGUUGUCCAGCAACUGGAGCGCACCCUGCGCAUGUAUGAUGGCCUUUAAAGACACCAAAUUGACCCCAGGGUCCAGAUGCCAAAACGCAAAGAAACAAACAAAAACAAUACAUUUUGACUUUUUUUUUAUCAGGGUUGGAAAUUGAAAAGAAGAACCAGUAGUUACUGAAGAGAUGUACAAAGCCAGUCAUUCCUUCACUUUGAUGGAUUCAAAGAAAUGUUUUUUAAGACCUACUGUAUGUUUUAUAUCUAAAGUACACUUCAAAUAGGCAAAGUCAGUAUAUUUUACAUAAUUUAAGUGGUUUAUAACAUUAAAAAUUAAAGUACAGGUUGCACAUCAUACAGGUUCAGUAGGGUAACACAUUAAAUAAAGCCAUAAAACGGGUCCUGUGUGUUUCCCUAUAUCUUAAACAUCAUGUUGAGUUUUUCUCGGAUGAGUUCUGGCUGUAUCUUAAGUACAAUAAUCUUAAACGAAAUGGCAAAAUAAAACAACAGCACAUUUUUACAUUGGCCAAUUAAAUUAUCUAGAUUUCACUUAUUCUAUUCAAACACUGCUCAGUAAAGAGGAAUGUUACUUUAAUUUGCUGAGAGCAUAUUCUGCUCAGGUGUUCGCUGCUUUAACCUUCAUGUCAGUUGUUGCAAAUCACAAACGCCUUGGCACGUAUUGGGACUACUAAGUUUGGUUUGGGGAAGUAGUUUUCUUGCAGUUUGUGCCUUUAGGGAAACUUUGCAUUCUUAUGGAAUAUUUUGUAUGUUUACCGUUUCUUCUUGUGUGCUGCAGGGGGAACUCUUGGUGUGAGCUUAGUGUUGGGAAAAGUUUGCACAUGUCUUUGUAAUGGUCAUAGUUAUGGGUUUCUUUUAUGUUGUGUGGCUGAAGUCUUAAGAUGUCUUGAAAGCUGUGCUUAACUCCCUGUUACAUAGCGGAGAAACAGAAAUGUAUAACUUUAUAUGUAGCAGCAAUUUGAAAAUAUGUCAUGGAAAGGGUGUGUGUGAAAGGACACACACUUCCUUGUUAUGUGCUGGAUGAAAGGAAUGAUGGCGCUAUCAUGUCUGUCCAUUAAAGAGAUCAUACUAUA